AUGGCUCGUGUAGUCAAGUGUGUGGACGAUUUAGCUUCAACUGCCGAUAGUUUGCAGCGUACUUUCGUUGUUGAGGUUAUGAGUAAAGAUUGCGGUAGUCUUGCGCUUACUGCUGCGAUUGCCUUGGAAGCGGAUUUUGUUUUUAUUCCUGAAGUGCCACCAACUCAAGAAUGGCCCAAAGUAAUGUGUAGUCAUCUUCAGAGAAAGCGUAAGGCAGGCAGCCGUCUUCACAUAAUUCUCGUCUCGGAAGGAGCAACAGAUUCGGACAAAAAGCCAAUAACCGUAGAUAUGAUCAAAAAAAUUGUGGAAGAGAAUCUAAAAUACGAUGUUCGUGUUUCUCGCCUUGGUCAUCUGCAACGAGGAGGGCGACCAUCGUUUCUUGACAGAUUACUUGGCUGUCGAAUGGGAGCAGAAGCAAUAAAUGCUUUGCUGAGGAGUGAACCAGCUUCGCCACAAGUUCUUUGCUUAAAAGGUAACUAGAG